CUGUUGUACUUUACUUGCAUGUUUAGGUGUACUGGAAUGCAUGAAAUCACGGCUUGGUUCACCACAUUACAUUCAUAACUCUUUUUUCAUGUUUCUGCAUCUGCAAACAAAAUGAACAGGACUCAGUUGAAACGUUCGAAGAUUCUCAGAAUGGCUCUUGACGGCGAGGAUUCCAUGGAUGGCAAGACGGAUAGCUUUUUAGUGAGAGCCGUCAAGAUAGCUUUUGUGGUGGCUCUUUAUUGGUUCGUUUCAAUAACUAUGGUUUUCCUGAACAAUGCACUGUUGGGUAGUCGUGAGCUGGACGCCCCUUUAUUUGUGACAUUCUUCCAGUGCCUUGUUACGGUGGCGCUUUGCUGGCUCAUGAACUUAUUGGGGAGGCUGUGUCCGGGUUCCGUGGAUUUCCCCUCGGUCAAGUUCGACCCAAAGGUGUCCAGAGAAGUCUUGCCUUUGUCGAUCGUGUUCAUCGGAAUGAUCACCUUCAACAACUUGUGCCUCAAAAACCUGGGAGUUGCAUUCUACACAGUUGGGAGAUCGCUCAGUACGGUCUUCAAUGUGCUCAUGUCCUAUGUGAUUCUGAAGCAAACCACAUCUUUGUAUGCGCUCCUGUGCUGCGGAGUCAUUAUAGGUGGAUUCUGGCUUGGCGUGGAUCAGGAGGGGGCUGAAGGGUCUCUUUCCUGGUCUGGAAUCGUCUAUGGGGUGCUGGCCAGCAUGUGCGUGUCGCUGAACGCCAUCUACACUAAAAAGGUCUUGCCCGUGGUGGACAGCAGCGUGUGGAAACUCUCGUACUACAACAACAUCAACGCUUGCCUCCUGUUCAUCCCGCUGAUCCUGGUCUUCGGGGAGGUGAACAAGCUCUACAAUUUCAGCAGACUGGACGACUGGCAUUACUGGGGCAUGAUGAUGCUUGGUGGAAUCUUCGGGUUCGGCAUCGGCUACGUUACCGGGCUCCAGAUCCAGUUCACAAGUCCGCUGACGCACAACGUGUCCGGCACCGCCAAAGCUUGCGCACAGACUGUCCUGGCUGUGGUGCAUUCCGCAAGCGUAAAGAGCGUUUUGUGGUGGACGAGUAACGGCAUGGUUUUGGGGGGCUCGUUUGCGUACACCUGGGUUAAAGGUCUUGAAAUGAAGAAGUCGCAGGAAGAACCACAGGUUAAAAGCAGAGCUGGUGUAUAGGGAGAGUCUCCCUGAUGCGUCAGUGAGAUUAAAGAAUGUAAAGACUGCUCUUUCGCUAUUUAAGAGAGCUGGCCUCCCUCUUAAAAUAUAAGUGUAGCUGUGUUGAUAAUACUAUUUUGUAUAGUAGUAGGGUGAUUUUUUGACUGUAUGGAUCUGACGCACAAGUUGCAUCAAUCAAUGUGACCAGUGUUUUGUAGUUUUGUAUUUACAUUGGGUUCUAUUGGUUGGAAGUAGAUUUUAUUUUUAUUAUUUUAUUU